AUGCAGAUCCUACGCCUGCUCGCGGCGCGGCGGUUCCGGCGCCGCCGCCGCGCGGUGUCCACGAUCACCGCGACGGCGGCGACCGCGCCGGUGACCCCUCGCGGCGGCGGCGGCGGCGUGUACGUGUACGGGUACGGCGAGGAGGAGGACGAGGGCCCGUUCUUCGACCUCGACCUGUCCUGCUGCUCCGCGCCCGCGUCCAGCGCGGGCAGCCAGGCGGCCGAGUCGUCGGGCUCCGAGUCCGAGGACACCACCUCGUCCUGCGCCGCCACCGCCGCGCGCGGGGACCUCGACUUCGUCAUCUCGCUGCAGCGUAGCCGGAGCCGCUCCGCGUCGCCCUCCUACGAGGAGCGCCUCUUCUUCCGCGGCGCCGCACCGCCGCGUCGUCCGACGGCGCCCGGCCCGCCGCCGCUCAUGUUCUGCGCGUCCGAGCCGAGCGACGCCGCGUCGCGCGCCCGCCACAGCAGCGCCAGCAGCCGGCGCGGCGGCGGCGGCAGGCUGCAGCUGCGGACGCUCAGCUUCGGGUCCGCCAAGGCCGCCUUCUACGGCGGACGCGCCAGCUUCUCCCAGAGCACCAGCAGCGCGCGCUCCGCGAGGCUCUUCGCCUCGUACGGCGGCGGGUACGGCUCGCCCGACCACCAGGCCCUGCUGCGGGACGAGGGAAAGGUCAGGCCGCCGCCCUCCGGCGACGUCAUCCGGCGCUACCUGAGCAAGAUCUCGAGCCGGCUGCGGCGCGUGGCGGUGGCGGCUCCCGGCGCCGACCUCCGGCUACGGAAGAGCCGCUCGGCCUCCGCGACGACGCAGGUGUCCGCGGCAUCCGCCCCUUACCAGUCGCCGCCGUCGGCCCGACGCGACGACUCGCUCGUCGAGAAGCAGGACGGCAUCGCGAGCGCCAUCGCGCACUGCAAGCAGUCCCUCCACCGAGGUACAUCUGCCGACGCCGUAAUGCUGACGCCACCGACCAGGCCGCGCGUCUCGUGCCUCCUCCAUUAA